GUUCCUUGAUACCGGUGAGGAGGCUCUUGAUGCAAGGAAUUGGACCUACACUAACCUUCCUUGGAUUGAACUUGACAGCUUCCAGUUCUCCGAGACGCUGUAUGACCCCUGUGUGUUUAGCACUUCGCUCUAAAUACUAUAAAAGACGUGUGCGGGUAGCGAGGUUCAUGUGAGGGAGGAGCGGCCAUCACUGCCCCACAACAGUGACACUCAGUGUCUCUGUAACACUCGCAGUGUCUCUGUAACACUCACAGUGUCUCCCUGCAACACUCUCCCACUACAGUGACAUUCACAGUUGCUACAAGGAAAAAUGGUUGUACGACAGUAUAAUGAAGAACUUAAAUACCUUGAAAGAUUGUCACCCCAAUGUUGGCGUAUCAAGAAGGGUUUUCAGCCCAAUAUGAAUGUAGAAGGCAUAUUCUACGUGAAUGACCACCUUGAGAAAUUAAUGUUUGAAGAGUUACGCAAUUCUUGCCGUCCAGGAUCAAUUGGAGGUUUCUUACCCGGUAUGAAGCAGAUUGCUAAUGUUGCAGCGCUUCCUGGUAUUGUUGGAAAAUCUGUUGGUUUGCCUGACGUUCAUUCAGGAUAUGGUUUUGCCAUUGGUAAUAUGGCAGCUUUUGAUAUGGACAACCCUAAAGCAGUUGUCUCUCCUGGUGGUGUGGGUUUCGAUAUCAAUUGUGGUGUGCGCUUGUUGCGGACCAACCUUACUGAAGCUGAUGUUCUUCCCAUCAAGGAGCAGUUAGCCCAGUCCAUGUUUGACCACAUCCCAGUAGGAGUUGGGUCAAAGGGUAUUAUUCCUAUGACAGCACGUGACUUAGAGGAAGCACUCGAGAUGGGCAUGGAUUGGUCACUCAGAGAAGGGUAUAUUUGGGCUGAAGAUAAGGAACAUUGUGAGGAAUAUGGACGUAUGGCACAAGCAGACCCAGCUACAGUGUCCAUGCGUGCUAAGAAGAGAGGCUUGCCACAGUUGGGCACAUUAGGAGCUGGAAACCAUUAUGCUGAAAUUCAAGUAGUGGAUGAAAUAUAUGACAAAUGGGCAGCCAGUAAAAUGGGAAUAGAGGAGAAAGGACAAGUGUGUGUCAUGAUCCACUCAGGCUCUCGUGGUUUUGGACAUCAGGUGGCUACAGGUACAUUAUCUGUUAUCAUGCACUGUUGCAUGGAAAAAGCAAUUAAGCGAGAUGAAAUAGACACAAAUAUCGACGUUACUUUGCCGAAUCCACCUAAAAAGGCAGGAUUACCUCAAGCUGUCUGCGCAGCAAACUUUGCUUGGGGUUUAAACGCCUUCAAUGACUUUUUAAGCGCAUUUGCCAAGCAGUUCCAGUUGAGUCCCGAUGACCUAGACAUGCAUGUUAUCUAUGACGUGUCUCACAAUAUUGCCAAAAUUGAACAACACUGGGUAGAUGGAAAACUUCGCACUCUGCUUGUACAUAGAAAGGGUUCGACUCGGGCCUUCCCUCCACACCAUCCUCUAAUUCCUGUUGAUUAUCAGCUGACAGGACAACCUGUGCUAAUUGGUGGAACAAUGGGCACUUGUUCCUAUGUAUUAACAGGAACUGAGCAGGGUAUGAUGGAAACCUUUGGAUCAACAUGCCAUGGUGCUGGUCGCGCUCUCUCUCGUGCCAAGUCUCGCAGAAACCUGGAUUACACUGAUGUUUUAAUUAAGCUUCAAGAACAAGGCAUAAGCAUCAGAGUGGCUUCCCCAAAAUUAGUCAUGGAAGAGGCUCCAGAGUCGUACAAGAAUGUUACCGAUGUUGUUGACACGUGUCAUGCGGCAGGAAUCAGCAAGAAAUGCAUCAAGCUUCGACCAAUAGCUGUCAUCAAGGGAUGAAUGUAUUGCAUGAUAUAUUACAUCCUUAUUUAUGAUUUCAUUCAGAUCUUUUAUCUAAGUUUCUUUGUUCUGUUUACACUAAUAAAUAUGCACGUUUUUGUCCAUAUGCUAUGUUAUAUUGCUGUAUGUAUGUACAUUUUUAAUAAAACAACUCAAUGUCACAUUAUUCCCAAAUUACACACCAGUCGUGCCAUGUGAAAACACAAGUGUUCAUUGUUUUUGGGACAGUGAAAUAUUAAAUAUCUGAAGAAAUGUU